AUGGCAUCGAGCACAGGCGCAAGCCUUCCACACCGCGCCCUCUCGAGCCUGCGUGGCACCGGAGGCCAUGCAGCGAGCCAGGGGACACCGGGCAGCCCUCACACGCCCACGCGACCCCUUUCGUCCGCGCUCGGAUCGCCCUCGAGCUCGCGUGCCGACGACGACGUAGUCAUCAUAGAGCUGGGUUCCCGCCGGAUGCGCAUUGGCUUUGCUGGGGAGUCGGCUCCUAAGAGGACCGUGUCGUUCAGUCCAGAGCAGCAGCGGCGCGCGGGCGACUUCAGGGCUUGGGAGGCCGGGUUCGAGCAGGACUGGAGGAAGCGCGCGGCGGGGAAGCCCUGUGGAGCCGACCAUGAGCUGUGGCAGCUGGAUGUUCGCGGGCAGGAUCUUGGCUUGGUCGCGGACAAGCUGGAGCGGGAGUUGAGGGAUGCCUUUUACAAGUACCUGCUCAUUGAUUCCAGACCGAAAAAGUUCACAUUGGUGCUGCCGCCGACCAUGCCUUUGCCCUUGCUCUCUACCGUCCUCGACACCAUCUUCAACCAGUUCCAAGCUCCUACCGUGUCGCUCCUCUCGUCGCCCGUCAUGGCCACGAUGGCGGCGGGCACGCGAUCCGCCCUCAUAAUCGACAUGGGCUGGCACGAGACCACAGUCACGGCCGUCUACGAAUACAGAGAGGUACAAAGCUGGAGGACGAUAAGAGCGGGAAAGCUACUGGUGGAGGAGACGUACGACUUCUUGUCGCAAGGUAUACAGGGUCGCCCAGCUACGGCACGAACAGAACGUACGGAGAACAGGAGCGAAAAGGAUGCUGUGAGCUUCGAGGAAUGCGAAGAGGUCGCCAGCCGUAUGCUCUGGUGUAAGAGAGCCGCGAAGGAACCUGACCCAGAGACCACUGAGGGCCUUGCGACCGUUCACGAGCACGAAGAGAUUGAGACGACACCUCCGGCGGAGGACCAGACGCCCAUGGCCAUACCACUGAAAUCAUGCAAGCCACCAAAAACAUUGAAAAUCCCCUUUUCAGAACUAGCCGAGCCCUGUGAAGCGAUCUUCUUCGAGACCCGGCUUUCACCAUCGUGCUUUGACGACCACGAGCUUCCCGUGCACCUGCUAGUGUACCGAGCUCUCCUACAGCUGCCGCUAGAUGUACGGGCUAUUUGCAUGUCCCGCAUCAUUUUCACCGGAGGCUGCUCCAACAUCAUUGGACUCCGAGGUCGCAUCUUCGACGAGGUCUUGCUGCUCGCCCAGGAACGGGGCUGGGACCCUGUGCGAGGAAAGGGAGUCGAGCAGUACAAGGCAAACCCGAAGCUAAAGCGCAACGGCGGCCGACAAGCUGGCGAUGGGCCUAUGCCCGUGAUUGUACAACAAGCCUCAGACGGAAGCGAAGCGGAAGCAAAUACCGCCCCAGUCCGCGCAGCGCAUCUGCCUCAAGAACCUGAUCUGGUAGAGAAGCUAAUCAGAAAGGAGAGCAACUACAAGCCUCCGGCUCAAGGAACGUUGCGAGCAAUCGAUUCACUCGGUGCCUGGUGCGGAGCGAGUAUGACGACGCAGCUUAAGGUGCCGGCACUGGCGACGGUGGACCGCGAGCUGUGGCUACAACAUGGCGUGCUAGGGGCUUCUCGGCCCAGCGAGGUGGAUGUCAAGUCGGCGCAGAGACAGAGUAUGGGGCCUAGUGGUCUGAUGAGAGGCCAGGCGUCCUCCCAGACGAACAAUUGGACAUUGGGUGUGUGGGGAUCAGUCUGA